AAUAAAGCCGCGUAUCGGUUUAAUCAGCAUUAUAUUUGGUUAUCUACAACACACUGGGCUAAAUAUGGCAACUCAUGUGGCAAUCGACAAAUUCGUCUACCCUAGACCUAGCAGCUUGUAAAAGGUUUUUGUAGUUAGUGGUAAUUUAACAAAAGUGGAUAAGAUCGUAGGAUUAUUUAAAGAACAACAUGGACUGACUUUGGCUAUUGACACGUGCGUGAUUAAUGGGGGAGGUGAAAGGCCAGUGUAUGGGCGGGUAUAAAGGCGUAAUGGAACUCGAAAGUGGAUCAGAGUUGCAGAGACGCGUGCUUAGCUGAAAAGCUUCGGGAGUUUCAGUACUUAUUUGGAUACUGAUAAUGAACGUAUUGGAUAACGCAGCUCUGACUGAAAACGUGCUUGGAACUCUCAAGUGGAAAAUACAAUAUGGCGAAGAAACAGGCGUAAAGGAAUCCGAUUUGGAAACAUUUUUAAAGGGCGUCAAUGAUGAAGAAAUCAUCGACUUGUUGUUUCUCGUUAUUAAACACCGUCGCACGAACGUAUUCUCAAGGUUUCUACCGCUGGUUCGAGACCAACUGAAGAUUGUUCUAAAAUGCGGUAAAACACUGCUGGACAAGCUCCUCUGCUUAGCAGUAGAAGCGGGCUGGUUGCCGGAAGUAUGCAUCCUUCUCGCAUCAGGGGCAAAUCCCAACGCGCGCUACCGGGGCACGCCGCUGAUACACGUUGCGGCCGUGCAAGGAGACACCGGAAGUCUCCAGGAACUGUUAGAGGCUGGCGCCGACAUUGACGCUGCCGACGAUCGAGGUCACAGGAUUGUGCACAACCUGAUAGCAUCACAGCUGAAAAAUAAGAAAGCUGUCGUAGAGAGGCUUUUAAAGCAUAACGAACUGUGUUUCAAGCCCUCGUUUUCCGGUAAACAGCUGCUCCAUUUGGCCGCCAUGCACGCACCGGAAGUGAUUGACACGCUUCUAAAGUGCGGAAAUGACGUCAACCAACGAGACGUAAUCACUCACGAGACUCCGUUGCAUACAGCGUGCAACAUGAUGUGCAUGGAGUCCAUAGUGUGUCUCAUUAAACGCGGCUGUCUUUUUAACACGGUAAACGUUUACGGAGAAACACCGCUUGCGAAACUCAUUCAGAAAAUAAAAUCAUUCAGUGAUUUUCACUCCAGAUCUAGAUUUCGUCUAGCAAAGACACUGUACCAGAUUGGUUUCCGGCUUAAACCUCCUAGUGUUGAAACUUUAAAUGAUAUGCGUCAUAACAAGCCGAUACAUCGUGGGCGCGAUAAACUUUAUGACAAAUACCUCGAGGUGCAGCGUACCGUGAACGCCGUUCCCUCGCUCCAGAAUCUCAGUCGUCUGGCGGUCAGAGAGACGCUUGUUUUCGGCGCCACCAAGCGAGCCGUCGACGCCCUGGACAUUCCGGAACACCUGAAAGGGUUUCUUAUGUUUCGCCAGCUCAACAUUUCUCAGUGAUACAUAUACGAGGGACGUGUAUUUUAAAGUGCCAAAUUGUCUUGCCUGUUGUCAAUGAACACACCAAUGUUCACUAUUUAUUUAUUCGAUUUGAGUUGAUAUGUAGUAGUGUGUAUUACUCUUUUGUUUUAAGUCACAGUCGAACCAAAACAAUUUGCCUGAUGAUGAUUUGUAUCGAUUACGUCUGCACUAAGGAUGCGUACUUUAUAAUCAAGAAUUAAUCAUGUGUUUGUGGUGCAUUUUAAGGCGUACGCGAAUUUUGUUUUGUCACUAAGAGUAUGCAAAACUAGAUACAUUUCCAUUAAUCGUAUGUUUUAUAGUCCAGAAAGAGUAUCAAAAUUAGUAUGUAUCUGUUGAUGUAAAUAACAAUAUUUAAAGGCCGAUUAGCUCUCGACCUAAACUUCGUGCGGAGUCACGUGCACGGACGAUCUCGUAGUUGCAUGGAGCCCCACUGCCAGAAUCUCAAUUGACCUGCUAGUCAUGGCGCGUUUGAAGUAACGUUAAGUUAUGCCUGAUGCUUAUCAAUAAAAUGUUUACUAGCAUUUUCAGGAUUAUGAUUUGAUAUGUAAAUAAAGAGUAUUCGCUAUUGUAACAAAACACAAUAUUUAUUAAAUAUAUUUUGAUAAAACACGUUGUACUGUGCCGUAUUCUGCUCUGCGA